GUAAAAACAUCAGAAGUCUGUAACCGCCCAGUAGAUCGUCCAGUACGGCAGUACCCGUAAGCUGCAGGCGAGCCGCACACAGUAUUGCAGUAAUUUGGGAAGGUAAAGAAUGAAGCGGAAGGUAGACGAUAUGGAGAUGAUAGUGUGGCAAACUCCCGCGAACCCACCAGAGAGACAUGACUACAUUUACCGCAACGGCAUACGCUAUGUCAAACCAUACUACUUCGAGUUCAUCUCUCAUGUGAAGAAUCGGUGGGCAGGGAAGACAAUUGUUGACCUUUUCUCUGAAGAGUUUAAAGGCCGGUCUAGCGAUUACUAUGUUGCUGCUGUUAAAUCUGGACGAAUACAAGUCAAUGGGAAAAGAGUUCCUGUUUCAUAUGUAGUCCAAUCAUCACAGAAAAUAAGCCAUUUUGUACACAGGCAUGAACCUCCAGUCAUGGCAUGGGAUGUGGAGGUACUAUGUGAGGAACCAGAGGUGCUGACCGUUUGUAAACCUGCAUCAGUCCCUGUGCACCCGUGUGGGCAGUAUCGUAAGAACACAAUCCUUGGCAUCCUUGAGGCAGAACAUAGUUUGACACCACUAUUUCCUAUUCAUCGUCUUGAUCGCUUGGUCUCAGGGCUCCUUAUCUUAGCCCGGAGUUCCUCUAAAGCUGACACUUUUAGGCAGCAGAUUGAAUCAGGAAGGGUGCAGAAGCAGUAUAUUGCUAGGGUAAUUGGCGUUUUCCCUGAAGAUGAGCAAGUUGUAAAUGCAAAUGUCAAUUACAAUGCUCGAGAAGGAAGGAGUACUACGGAGGCGGGAGGAAAUAGUGUUAGUGGCAAUGAUCUUGUAAACGGAAAGUCUGCUUCUACCAAAUUUAUGCGAAUUUGUACGGACGGGAAGCAUAGUAUUGUACUGUGCCAACCGAUCACCGGAAGGACACAUCAGAUACGUGUUCAUUUACAAUAUACUGGGCAUCCAAUAGCUAAUGACAAGCUCUAUCUGUUCGAGUGCAUUCCUCGUUCAGCAACUGGAAUUAGUGCGGACAGAGGUGCUGCUAUGUCAGGCCAUGUUCUAAAGCCCAGAAAUACUGGAAGUGAUGCUGUUGAAUCUGAUAAUGGACCCAGUGAAGAUUUCAGCUAUGACCCAAUGUGUACAAAUUGCCCAAACCUGGCUCCUAAAGGAUAUGAUGGUUACGAAGAGGGCAUAUGGCUGCAUUGUGUUAAAUAUUCUGGACCAGAUUGGACAUAUGAAUGCCCAUAUCCAGUUUGGGCAUCCUUAAGCUAACCUCUUUUCUCAUUUGGUUAGUUUGGUAUUUAUGGACUACAUCAGAUAUUUCAGAGGUUUGGAGUUCAAGAGGUGAACCAUAUAAAUUGACAAAACUGAAUUUAACGAUAUCAUAAAUAUAUGGUCAAGAUAUUUUAUGGAUGUAGACAUGUAGUUAUGCAAACUAGCUUGAAAUGUGCUAUGCAUGAAGUAGCUAGUACGUUGUAGUGCAUGAAUUGAUGUUUGAGACCAAAUUUUUUGUAUUUAUGUAUUGUUACAUUUAAAUGGAUGUUAUGCUAAAAGUUUUGGUAUUGUCUGAU